AUGGCCUCCACUCUUUCGGAAUACCUUGACUCUCAGGACGAAUUGGUCAAAGAGGCUGCGCUUGCUCUCCCACAUCAGUUUUCUCAAUGUACCUACUCCUUGGGGCCCCUCAGACAAGCGGUGUAUCUUUGUACAACGUGUCCAGAGGCUCGCGGACUAUGCGCUGCUUGUUCAGUAGCCUGCCAUACUGAUCAUGAGCAAGUCGAACUGUGCGGGCGGCCUUACGAUCCCAAGACGGAGUUAGAGACCAUGAUUCAAUGUCUUGCUUGCGAAGAUUGGUUUCACGAGUCAUGUUGCAACCUUCGUGAAAGACCAAGUUCGAGAGCUAACACCCCGGAACAAUCCGGUAACGAAAUAGGUGGAGACGCGGCAUCAGAAACUUCGUCUUCGGGUCUUCCUCCACCUCUCAUCACCGGUGACGAGUAUGAGAGUUUUGUUUGUGGUUCUUGCACCUCUCGGAAUCCUACCUUAAAACGUUGGGCGGGAACUUGCGGCGCUAUGAUGGUUGUUCGUGACACGCCUUCGGACCCAUGGCGCCGCCUGAAUGGUCCGUCCAAGGUAGGAGCAGAGCUUAUUCAAAUAGAUGACCCCCAAUCUGCAACUUUUGUUCUCGGGACUAAACGCCCUUUGUCUCCUUCGGCUGGGGAAGGACCGGAAACGAAACGCGUGAAAAACAUCUCUGAUGAGACAAUUUCCACAACUCCAUCGUGUCUUGCACCAGACCCUGUACCUUUGGCGCAAAAGAUAUUCGCAGAAAUGGAAUCGAGGGAGUCAGCUCCCUCUUUAGGCGCUGGUGAUGUGUUUUUCACACUUGGAUUUAAGGAAAGAUGGUGCCAAUGCGACUUGUGUUUUCCACCUUUAAAAAUGGAACCCUAUCUUCUACACGACGAAGAGACAUACGAACCACCAGAGGAUCCCGAUUCAGGACUAUCUCUCGAAGAGUUGGGUAUGCGCGCACUGUCGCGAUUACCACGCGACAAGGCCAUAGAUGGAAUACAUGCUUUCAAUGAAAUGAGGAACGAUCUGGUGAAAUUCCUGCGCCCGUUUGCACAAGACGGAAAAGUGGUGAACGAAACCGAUGUCCGGGACUUUUUUGCUUCUUUGAAAGAGGCUGCAAAGAAAGGCCGCGAAUGA